GCAUCUCGCCGUCCUUCUUCCUUCUAGCUCCUUUACUUCCUUCCUUCUCUCCUUCCGCCAGGCGCGAUGGAGCCGGGACGAGGGGCGGCCGCGGCGCUGGUGGUGCUGCUGUGCGCGGGCUGCGCGCUGCGCUACGCGCGCGCCCAGUAUGAGCGCUACAGCUUCCGCAGCUUCCCGCGGGACGAGCUGAUGCCGCUCGAGUCGGCCUACCGGCACGCCCUGGACCAAUACAGCAGCGAGCACUGGGCGGAGAGCGUGGGCUACCUGGAGAUCAGCCUGCGGCUGCACCGUCUGCUGCGCGACAGCGAGGCCUUCUGCCACCGCAACUGCAGCCUGGUGCCCGAGCCCGAGCCCGCCCCCGGCCUCGCCCGCUAUCCCGAGCUGCGCCUCUUCGGAGGCCUGCUGCGCCGAGCGCACUGCCUCAAGCGCUGCAAGCAGGGCCUGCCAGCCUUCCGCCAGUCGCAGCCCAGCCGCGAAGUACUGGCCGACUUCCAGCGCCGCGAGCCUUACAAGUUUCUGCAGUUCGCCUACUUCAAGGCAAAUAAUGUUCCGAAAGCAAUCGCAGCUGCACACACCUUUCUACUGAAGCACCCCGAUGACGAAAUGAUGAAGAAAAACAUGGCUUUUUACAAGAGCUUGCCUGACGCUGAGGACUACAUUAAAGACCUGGAAACCAAGUCAUAUGAGAGCCUGUUCAUUCGAGCUGUGCGGGCGUACAACGGCGAGAACUGGAGGACGUCCAUCACCGACAUGGAGCUGGCCCUUCCCGACUUCUUCAAAGCCUUUUACGAGUGUCUUGCAGCCUGCGAGGGCUCCAGGGAGAUCAAGGACUUCAAGGACUUCUAUCUGUCCAUAGCAGAUCAUUACGUGGAAGUUCUGGAAUGCAAAAUACAGUGUGAAGGGAACCUCACCCCCGUUAUCGGAGGCUACCCCGUGGAGAAAUUCGUGGCUACCAUGUAUCAUUAUUUGCAGUUUGCUUAUUAUAAAUUGAGCGACCUGAAGAACGCAGCCCCCUGUGCGGUCAGCUACCUGCUCUUCGACCCCAGCGACCAGGUCAUGAAGCAGAACCUGGUGUAUUACCAGUACCACAGGGACAAGUGGGGCCUGUCGGACGAGCACUUCCAGCCCAGACCGGAAGCGGUUCAGUUCUUUAACGUGACUACAAUCCAGAAAGAGCUGUAUGACUUUGCAAAGGAAAAUAUAAUGGAUGAUGAUGAGGGGGAGGUCGUGGAAUACGUGGAUGACCUCUUGGAGCUGGAGGAGACCAGCUAGUCCACAGCAGCCAGAGAGACUUCCCUUCGAAGUUUUCAGGAAACAGAUUCCUUGCCUUCCCUUUCCCCCUAGCCCAAGUGGCUGAUACCUCAAAGCCUUCUCUUUACUCUGUGAAGUGAAAGGGAAGCCCCGCCUCUCACUACAUAUAACAAGGGGUGAGCCUGCCUUCCCCGUGACUACACCUGCCUCCUGGUCUUCACUCCUACUUUCUCCGCAUUCCCACCUGCCUCUCCACCUUCACACCUGUCUUCCCCGUGUCCAUACCUGCCUUUCUCACCAUUGUGGUCGGAAGGAGAGUCUUCUAUUUGUUUCCCCAGAAAAACUUAAUAUUAUUUUUUAAAUAAGAAAAAUACUCCUAAAAGAUGAUAAAUUGUGAAAACCUACUCCGACCUUUCUACCCUUCCAGAUGUUAGUCUUUUUCACCCCUGUACCCCGAUCCAGUCCAGGAAAGCUGGUGGAAGACAAGGGCUAAACUUCCCCACACUCAUGGCGGUCUGCACGUGGUCCGACCUGCACCGUUUCUGGCACCCCCUGAAAGAGAAGUUGGACGACAGCGUGCCUUGCAGAACUGUGGCUUUUGCUCCUCGCUUUUUGCAUCUCCUAAGUCCUACCAUGGUUGGUCCAUUCCAGCUGGGUACAAGACCCAGUUACCAGGCCCCGAGUUGGAAAUGGAAGAAGGCAGAGGGAGUCUUGUUUCAUUUGUUCCUUCAAUAAAUAUUUAUUGAGCACUGCCUAUGUCCUAGGCAUUGACCUGCCACUGGAGAUUCUGCACAGAAUAAAAGAAAAAAAAAUCCUUGCCCUCACAGAGCCUGCAUUCUACAAGGAGAGACGGACAACGAAUAAACAGGAGUAAAUAUA